AUGGCGGAGAAGAAGAGGAUAGGGUCGGUGGCUCAGCAGGUGGAGGAGGAAGCGGAGCUCCACGCCGCCCACAAGCCCGGCGCCAGCGCCCUCUGCGCCAACCACUGCGGGUUCCCCGGCAGUCCCACCACCGGGGACAUGUGUCGAUCCUGCUUCCUCGCUUCCGCCUCCACCCGGCCUCGUUCCUGCUCACCCGGAUUCGGCCCUCCGAUACGGCGGUCCCUGACUCCUGGACUGGAGGAGAAAAACUCCACGGCAGAGGCGGCGGCGGCGGCUCCUGUGGCGCCGGCGAUGGCGAAGGAGGUGAACAGGUGCUUGGUGUGUCGGAGGCGGGUGGGACUGACGGGGUUCCGGUGCCGGUGCGGGGAGCUGUUCUGCGGCGAGCACCGGUAUUCCGACCGCCACGACUGCUGCUUCGACUACAAGGCCGCCGCCAGGGACGCGAUCGCCCUGGCAAAUCCCGUCGUCCGAGCCGCCAAGAUCGCUAGGAUCUGA